CAGGUUGCUACUGGCACUAUAAGUCUUUUUUUUCUUUUACAGUGGUCGGACUGAGUGGAUCGUUUCAUUAUUUUUUUCCGAUCCCCUAUAACAUUUGUUAUAUUAGGCUAAGACAGAAACAUGGCUGACACAAAAGUCGACACUAGUACAGAGAUCUCUGCCAAGGACCUGAAAGAGAAGAAGCUUGUUGAAGAGGCAGAAAAUGGAAAAGACACCCCAGCCAACGGAAAGGCUGAGGCUGAGGAGAAUGGCGAACAGGACAAUGAUGUAGACGAGGAUGAUGAAGAUGUGGGAGAGGAGGAGGAUGAGGAAGAGGAUGUUGAGGGUGAUGAAGACGAAGAUGAUGAUGAUGAGGUCGAGGGUCGCGCAGUCAAGAGGGCAGCAGAAGAGGAUGAUGAUGAAGAUGAUGAGGAGGAUGUUGGAACGAAGAAGCAGAAAACUGACGAUGAUUAAGAGUUGUUUUAAUACUGCUGGAAGCCCCUGUAACUUCUCUCCACGGCCACCAAGCGUUAUGGAGGGAAACUGUGGUCAUCAUCAAGUAGAGUUCAACGUCCGUGUACACACACCCAACUGCAAAUUUUUUAGAAAACCCAAGACUUCAAAGUUCUACCUUCUUAACAAGAUACAGUACUUUAAAAGGAGAAUUUGUUUGUAUUUUUAUUUACAUUUUAUAUUUUUGUACAUAUUGUUAGGAGGUCAGCCAUUUUUCGAUAGUGAUCUCUGGUUACCAAACGGUGCUUUGAAGUUGAUGCUUCUCUAUGAAAUAGACUUUACUUGUGGUUUGACCAUGUCAUGUUAUCUCAACAGAAACUUGUACAAAUUUCAGAAAACAAUUAAAUUCAAAGCAUUCCAGUAACUUUGUAUUUGUACUUAAGUUGUACCAUACGUAGUUGGUUUGUAUGAGAUGGCAAGGCCAAAGAAAAGAUGUUUCUUUUCUUUAUGUCUGUUAAAUGGCUGUCUGUUGUGGCCUGUUCAGUGUAUGUGUGAAUUUGUUGUACGACAAUAAACCGGAAUUUUAUUUUGUGAGUUCUUAAUUUCUUCUGAUUAGUUUUUUCCUUUUCUUCUGUUUUUGACCUGUCGUAGAUGGGACUUCAUAAUGUUAUAUUAGAGUCAGCCACCUCAACUAUGAAAAUCAUCAUGCAGCUUUUGGCUCUAUAAUCUAUAAAAGUAUCCUUUUCA